AUGGAAUCAAAUGAAAGUGAAUCUUAUACAACUGACUUAGUUACCAAUGAAACAAUUACAACAAAAUCAGACCAGCGAUUUAGAAUACUUGUAUUAAUUACAGAAAAGGACGAACAACUUUUACAAAAAGAACAUUUAAUGGACACUUGCAUGAAAACAUUUAACGCCUUUGUUUACUUUAAUUCGAAAGAAUGUCUUGAAUACGAAAAAUUCAUAAAAUUAUCUACAGAAUUAGGAAUGAAAGUUGCAACUAAAAAGGAUACGAUCCUAUUUGACUAUGCGCAAAAAUUAUAUGAAGUAGCAAGGGAGGAAAAGUAUAAAUUGUUUUUGGAGAGCUGUAUAAGGGAAUUUGAAACUGAUAGAGGUUUUUCUGAAGAGAGGCGUUCUGAAAUUAUGGCUGUAGGAGAAAUCUUAAGCCUGCCAUUCACAUGUGGAUCGUCUGGUGCGGAAUACAAUACUGGCAGAGAAAUUCAAAUUCAAUUAAAAUUACAAGAAUUACGAACAAUACUAGGCAUUAUAGUUCCACCAAAAGAAGAUGCAUCGCCCAGGAUUGACUGUACUCCAGAAAUUCACACCAAAUCAAAAGCAUCGGAAAAAAUUCCAGGCGGAGCAAUUGAAACUGAACAAUUAAUUUUUCGUGAACAUAGUACAAUUGAACCAUUAACUUCUAACACAGAAGUUAAAACUGAAUCAAACGUGCCAGAACAAACUCUAUAUGAAUCUAUGGCAAUUGACCAUGAAUUAUGUUCUCCUGAAUCAUAUGCAAAUGAACAUAAAAAGGUAAUGUUUGAUUUGGAUAUUCCAAUAAUUGAAGAUGAAGAACUUAUAUACAAUGAAUAUUUAAUGAAAAUUCUCGACAAAUUUAACGCUAAUGUAUUCGUAAAAAAGGAUAUUACAAUGAAAUUUUUACAUAUCACAGUAAAUAAUGAAAACGGUAGAAGUAUUUACGAAUACCUUAAAAAAUUUCCUGGUAUAAUUCAAAAAGUAACAAAUGCUUUUAAAUUUAAAUUAGAAUCUGUUGCAACUGAAACAAUUAUAGCCGAACCGCUUUCACCAGGAAGUGAGUCAAAUAGCACUGACACAAUUAAAAUUGAAUCAUUUUUAACUACAACUGAAUCACAUGCGGUUCAAAUCGAUUCCCAUUUUCCAGCAGCUGAGUUAAAUAAUGAAUCAAUACAAAUUCAAUCACAUUUCCCGUUAACUGAAAAAAAUGCAGUUGAGUCCAUUCAAACUGAAUCACUUUCCCCCGUAAUUGAAUCAAACAUAGUUUCUACAACGGAUAAUAUGGAAGUAUUUGAUUUGGAUAUUCUGUUAUCUAAAGAUGAGGAAGAACUUAUAUCCAAAGAAACGAAAAAUCUCGUUGAUAGAUUUAACGCCAUUAUACACAUAAAAAAUGGCUUAGCAGUGAUAUUAUUACAUAUUAUAGCAAAUAAAAGAUAUCGUAAUGAUAUUAACGAUUUCCUUCAAGUAUUUUUUGACAUAGGAAAUUAUUCCAAAACACAAAACAUAAUUCAACGUGAUUAUCCAUUAAUAGAAGAAAUGAGUCAGUAUGAGGAUCCCUUAUCUUUGUAUCAAACUUAUAAGACUUUAAUAGCUGAAAAACUUAGACAUCCUGAAAUUCAAAGAAUUAAAAAAAAAAUGGCUGUAUUUUAUUAUUUACAUUGCAAAGAAUCCACAAAUGAAACACUAAAUUCGAUAAAUCUUUUACAUGAUCUUUAUACCUUUGAAAAUUCAUUAAUGUCGAAAAACCUUGAGGAAAAAGCAAGGAAGUCUAUGUUUUAUAAUGUCAGGCCAAAUGAUUUUUAUAAGCUAAUUAAAGAAUUUAAUUCAAAAAAGUUGAAAAAUAUCGAAAAAUUAAAACAAUUGCCAAAAUUGACACCUAAAGAACCAGAAAUACUCGAAAAUAAGAAAAAACGAAAAUACCAAAAUAAACGUACUGAUGAAUCUAUUAUUGUAAGAAAAUCAGAACGGUUGCAAAAAAAACGAAAACUUCAAGAUUGCAAUACCAAUGAAUAUAAAAUUGAAUCAAGUCCAGUGGAUCCAAUUCAAAUCGAACCUCUUUGCUCCGCAACUAGUAUAAAUACAUUUGAGGUAAUUCAAACUGAACCACUUUUUCCUACAAUUGAAUCGAAUACACCUGAGUCAGUUAAAAUUGAACCGGUUUUCCCAGCAGCUGAAUUGAAUAAUGAAUUAAUUCAAAUUGAACCACGUUUCUCUGCAACUGAAACAAAUACAGUUGAACCAAUUCAAAUCGAAUCAUUUUUACCAAAAGCUGAAUUGAAUAAUGCAUUAAUACAACUUGAAUCAUACUCCCCGGUAACUCAAACAAAUAUAGUCGAAUCAAGUGAAUCUUAUACAGUUGAUCCAAUUAAAAAUAAAACACUAAUCACUGUACCUGAAUCAAAUGUAGUUGAUUCAAUUCAAGUAGAAUCACUUUUUCCUACAACUGAAUCAUAUACAGCUGAGCCAAAUAAAAAUGAACCUGCAAUUAAUGAAAGUAAUGAAAUAUUUGAAUUGGAUAUUGCAUUUUCUAAUGAUGAAGAAGAACGUUUUUCCAAUAUAAAUUUAAAGAAAACUCUCGCUGAUCAAUUUUAUGCCAACAGAAUUCACAAAUGA